AUACGCAAUUCUGUUUGUUGUUGUUGUUGUUGUUGUUGGUUGCAUUUGUUUGUUAUUUUAGUUUGCAUUGUUUGAUUUCAUCGUUAACAAUGAUAAUAUUGAGACUUUUGUUCAAAUAAAAGGCGUUGAUGAUUACAAUGAAUCGAUGAUCUCAAUAAUUUUUAUUUUCAAAUCAAUCCAAAAUCAAUAGAAAAUAUUUUAAAUCAUGUCUUGGGAUAAUCUUCAUUUCUUACCAUUGGCCGUUUUUGUCUGUCUUCCAUUUACUUUUAUCAUAUCUUAUAUCAUCGCAAUCUGUUUAGGUCAUGUCGAACCAGUAUUUCCAUAUAUUAGUGAUACUGGGACGCACGUUCCUGAAUCGAAUAUUUUUGCUCAAGCUUUGAAUAUGGUUGCAGCGUUAGUCGCCAUUACUAUUUAUAUGCGUUUUAAACAUGUCGAACAAUAUUAUCGUGAUGAUCUAACAUUGACAUCGAAUAAAAUUUUCCGUCUAAAUCGUCUUGCAUUAUAUUUUGGAAUCUUAUCUUCUAUAGGCCUAUCUGUUGUUGCAAAUUUUCGUGAAAUUGAAUUAUUCAAAAUUCAUUUACUUGGUGCCUUAAUGUCGUUUGGUUUUGGUUCAGUGUAUUGUUGGUUACAAUCAUGGCUUUCUUUUCGUAUGGUACCAUUAGUGAAUAAUAAACGAAUGGCUUGGUGUCGAACAAUAUUGUCUGUGAUCAUUACGAUAUCAUUUUUAAUUACUUGUGUUAUGGGCCAGAUAUCUAUACAUAAUUUUCAUGGAAAAGAUCCGACAAAUUGGCAACCAGAAAAUGGUGGUUAUCAUACUCAUGUAAUUAGCACCAUUAGCGAAUGGAUUGCUGCAAUGGCUUUAGAUUUUUUUAUUCUCACCUAUACCCGUGAAUUUCAGACAUUUACUGUAUCAACACCAAGAGUAAUGCUUCGUACCGAUGAUUUUGAUGAUCCAUAUUUAUCACAUAGUUCACGUUAUCCAGUAGAUGCUACUAUUAAUCCAAUACAAUUUUCAUCUGAUCGUGAAACUUCGACACCAACAACAAUUCGUUGAAAAAGAUUAAUUCAAUUGAUAUUGAUAAAUCAUUUUUAUUUAUAAAAAAAAAUUUUAUUAUCUAAAACAAACAGUCAUCAAUCGUG